AUGUCAGUUGAGAAUAGUGAAAAUAUUACUGAAGAAAAGUAUAAUCCAAAAAUACUAAACAACAUCAUGAGAAAGAUGCGUGCCAAUGCAAAUGCUGGUCCAUUUCUACAACCAGUAGAUCCAGUUGCACUUGGUAUUCCAGAUUAUGCAGAAAAAAUUAAAGAACCAAUGGAUUUAGGAACAAUAAAAAAGAAACUCGCUGAUAACAGUUAUACAUCAAAUGAACAGUUUAAGACAGAUAUGAACCUGAUAUUCAACAAUUACUAUUUGUACAAUGGAAAAAGUAGUCCAGUUGGACAGAUGGGAGUAGAAUUAGAAAAGGCUUUCAUAAAUGCAUAUGAAGCAAUUGAGAAUACAAAAGAAGAAGUUGAACAAAACAAGAAACCAACCUUAAAGAAUAAGAUUAAAGCAGUGAAAAUGUCUCAAAGUGACUUUGAACUCGCCAAUGGUGUCCUGAAUGAAUUAGAGAAGGCGAAAUACAAAAAGACAACAUGGGCAUUCACACAACCUGUUACAGAUGCAGAAGCACCAGGAUACUCUGCAAUAAUUAAGAAUCCUAUGGAUAUGAGUAGAAUACGAUCAAAGUUAACCAGUAGAGAAUAUGAGAACUUGCAAGGAUUCAAAAAUGACCUGAUUCUGAUUGUUGAGAACUGUAAACUGUACAAUCCAGAGAAUUCUGAAAUAUUCAGGCUGGGAGUGGAGUUUGAAAAGUUAUUUAAGAGAGAAUUGAGUAAAAAGGAAUUGGGACCUGAUGCAGAAAUUGAAGAACUCAGGAAGAAGAUAAGCGACCUGAUGAUGAAAUUGAAUUCAUUAGAGGAAGCAAAAAGACUGGAAAAUGACCUGAUUUUUGGAAUUGAAAUCAGGGAAUCAUUAGGAAACAAGAUAUUGGCUGUUGGAAGAGAAGAAAGUGAUAAGAUUGUUGAAAUUAUUCAGAGAAGUUGCAGCAGUUUCAGUUACGUUGGUAAUGAUGAGAUUGAAGUGAAUAUGUUGACAUUACCUGAUCACGUAGUUGGUGAAAUCAAGGAGUUUAUGGACAGGUUAGAAAACAAGACAGUAGAAAGCAAUGAGAGCUGUGAUUGA